CAUGUGUUCUUAUUGUUACGGAGGGGGUUGGAGAACCCAGGCGCAGACAAAGGGAGGCUGGCAGAUGGGUGAAUGAUUAAAGUUGUUUUAUUAAACGAGAAUCCAACUACAAUAUAAACCAAGAACAGAACUGGGAAGGCAGAGCAAAAACCAAACUAUACUAAAUGCUAAGAAACAAAACAACAGAGCUCAGGAGGGACACUCACAUUAUGGGGGAACUGAGAACCAAGGGGGCAAGACAGGCUGGGGAAAGUCCAAAAACUGACAGCAGGGCAACAGUGUCCAAAAAGGGGAAAAUCCAGGAGGCGGGGAGAGCAGAAAAGUCCAUAAGCUAAACAGUCCAGAGAUGGCAGGUUUGGUGGAGAAACAGUGUCUGUAACAUGUGAGUCAAUGAUCCAGCAGAGACUGAGCAAGUGAGGGGGUUUAAAUAGUGGAGAGUUUGUAGACAGGUGAGCUGAGUUUACUAAUUACUGCAGCUGAUAGUAAUUUGGGUAAUCAGCUGGCAGAGUGCAGGUAGAGCAGGAGGGCGAGUGACUGUGAGAAAGAGAUGAUAGACAGAGGAAGCCAAAGAAAAACAAGUCAAAACACACACAGAUGAGCAAUAAUGGAGAAAAGGAGGAAAGGAGGAAGGGCAGGAGCUGGAGCUGGAUCCUAACACUUAUACAGAUAAACAAAACAUGUUUAUUUCAUUGCCAUUGUUUUCUUAAAAAUUCUGUUCAAUUGUCCCUCCUAGGUGAGCUGAUCGGUAUUGAUUACCUGUUCAGACAAACUGGAAGGGCCAUGCAGAACAUGGAGCCUGACACAGAGGAGACUGACCACAUGCUGGAGGACUUGGGCACUGAGGAGGACCUGGAAGAUGAGGGUUUUGAGGAUGCCAAUGUGGACCCCACUGUUGGGCUUCUAGACAUCACAGACCCAUCCUCUCAGCCAUCAACAGCCAUCGCCACCUCAGCCUGUAGUGCAGGAACUCCCACCUCUGUCCAACCUCCUACAUCUGAGGCCACCUCUUCUGCCCCAUACCUCCCUGCUCCUACUGACCUUCCAGCUGCUGUGCCUACUACAGUACCCACACCAGCACAACCUCUGCAACAGCUGGCUAAGGAUUUGAGCUCCGUUACGUCCUUCGGCACAUCAGCUGCCACCACCAGCUCAGCCUCUGCUCCUCCUCUCCCCACCACUGUCUCAGCUGCCAUCUCCACUGCUACAGAUGCACCUGCUGGUCCGUCCAGACCACCGGCCAUGAGCCCAGCACAAUAUCACCAACAGUUUCCACCUCCAGCUCUGCCUCUGCUCCUCCUCUCCCCACCACAGUCACGACCUCUGUCUCCACUGCUCCAGCUGAUGCUCCUUGUGGGCCACCAGCUAUGUGCCCAGCAGCACCCGAGCGAGAGGCUGUGGAUGAACGUGGUAUUCCUGGGAUGGACCGAGUGGACGGCCUGGCAGAGUGCUUGGUGGGGUCACGGGCUGAAAAUGGCCAAACUCUGACUAACCAGCAGGCCAGCACCAUUAUAGCCUUAUGGCAAAAUCUUCUGCCAUAUGAUCAGCAGCGUGUGGCAUAUGCCGCUCAGCACCAGGUGCGCCUGACAACCGGGCGGUAUAAACAGCCCAAACGAAAGGCUGAAUUUACACCAGGGGCAGAAAGCAUGACUGGCUGUGUCCUGGGCUCGUCGGGAUCUCCUACCCAGUGGCCAGACUGUUGUCGCCUAGUAGAAGCAGUCUUCAUCAAGCUCUGCAACAACCAUAAGAGCCCUCAAAAAAAAGACAAUUAUGCUCUAACGCGAUGGACACUGAUUCUCAGGGACUACAACAAAAUUCGACAGCUGGUCCUGGGAAACGGCACAGUUAUGCAGAGUACUACCCUGCAGUUGUUUGCAGUCAAUCAAACAACUCUUGUUCAGUGGCACAAUAAAAGGCUGAAGAGGCAAGACUGCAGAAUUCUGCUGCAGGGAGUCAAUCUCCCUGCCACAAUUUCUGUAGCUCCCAUGCCUCUUCCACCACCGCAGGUACGGCCCACUGCUGCACCGACACGUCCUGGUCCCCAACAUGAGUACAACCUGCCUGAAAGCACAGCAGGGCAGGCAGUGCUCAAAAGAAAAUCCACUGCUUUCCCACCACUGGAUGCCCCACCAAUAGUCCGGCCAAGGCUGCCUGCUCAGAGGCAGCUCUUCCCAAGACAGGCACCCCCACCCAUGGUCUUCAUUCCCACCCCUUCCACUAGCCCCCUCAUAUUCCAGGCCCCACAAGUCUUUGCACCUGCACCAAAAGCAGUUGCGCCUGCUGGCCCUCUUCCUCCUCCUACACCUACUCGCAGGCCAUACAGUCGGACUGUUGAGAAAAAUAAAUGCGGUCAGUGCCACCAGCCUCGCACCAAAGAAAGUGGAUACAGCCAGUAUUAUGGGCACAUAUACUGUCCACUAAAUGCUGGUUUGCCACUUGACCAGUGGAUGGAGGAGAUGCGGCGAAAAAGAGCAAACCAGUAAUGGAUUCUGUGUCCUUACUGGAUAUGCUGUGUAGAUAUUGUAAAUAGUUUUAAAUAGGGCUACACAAAAUGUUGUUUCUUUUUUUAUAUUGUACUGUUAUAUAUACAGCGCCCUCCAUAAUUAUUGGCACCCCUGGUUAAGAUGUGUCCUUUAGCUUCUUAUAAAUUCAUUUUUUUCUAAAUAAUAUAGUACCACAAUGAAAAAAAGAGGAAAAUCCAACCUUUAAUUCAAGUGCAUUUAUUCAGUGGGGGAAAAAAAACAAUCACACAUUAAGAAAUAAUUCUUUUACAUCAAAUCAUGUGUUCUACAAUUAUUAGCACGACUGAUAUUAAUACUUUGUACAACCUCCUUCUGCCAACAAAACAGCACCUAAUCUUCUCCAUUUUUGUUCUGACAUUUUUGUACAGUUUUCAGUGUGAGUGUAUGCUCCUGCAAAAAAAAAUUAUUUUAGGCUUUCAACACAUCUUAACCAGGGGUGCCAAUAAUUAUGGAGGGCGCUGUAGUUGUGUUAAAAUUGUUUCAAUAUUGUUACUGUUUAUUGUAUAUAUGUAAGUUUUGUAUUUCUUUGUGUGAUAACCAAUUAAUCUGUAAAUUUUGUAAUAAAUCUGGCCUUUAUUUCUGCA